UGCACAACUGAAAAAAGGGAGGAGCGCAGUCAGAGCAAAACCACCUCCGUGCGUCAGUAUGCGCUUAUAGCAAGCAUGGCAGGCGACAGCGAGACAAGACUGGACAGUCAAGUCGAAAACGAGAAUGUUACACGGCAACCUUUCCUCAUCGGGGUAGCCGGAGGGACUGCCAGUGGCAAGAGUUCUGUCUGCGGUAAGAUCAUGGAGCUGCUUGGCCAGAACAAGAUUGACCAUCACCAGCGCCAGGUGGCUAUCCUCAGCCAAGACAGCUUCUACAGGGUCCUUACACCAGACCAGAAGGCCAAGGCACUGAAGGGACAGUUCAACUUCGACCACCCAGAUGCAUUUGACAACGAGCUCAUCGUGAAAACGUUGUGGGACAUCUUGGAGGGCAAAACAGUGCAAAUCCCAGUGUAUGACUUUGUCACCCAUUCCAGGUUAGUGGUCCGGACACACACACCACACACACACACACACCUCAUACACAUUGUCCUCUCCCCGGUGGGUGUGUGUAUCAGGAAGGAGGAGGUGGUGAUGGUGUACCCAGCAGACGUGGUGCUGUUCGAGGGCAUCUUGAUGUUCUACUCUCAGGAGAUCAGGGACCUGUUCCAGAUGAAGCUGUUUGUGGACACAGAUGCAGACACAAGGCUCUCACGCAGAGUGCUCAGAGACAUCGGCGAGCGAGGUAGGGAUCUGGAGCAGGUGCUAACGCAAUACAUCACCUUUGUUAAGCCUGCCUUUGAGGAGUUCUGUCUGCCAACCAAGAAGUGCGCUGACGUGAUCAUUCCCAGAGGAGCAGAUAAUCUUGGUGACUUUUUGACUUUGUUUCUCAAGAUGGCUACCUUAUUUGCCAUAAACCUUAUAGUUCAGCACAUCCAGGACAUUCUGAACGGUGGUCUGACCAAACGCCUGAACAGCAGCCUUAACGGUUACGGUACUCCCCGUAAACGGCAGGUGUCUGAGUCCAGCAGUCGGCCCCACUGACCGCACCGUCCCUCUCUCAGCGCCAGGGAGCGAGGGAUCAAUGGUAGAGGAGAGGAGGGCUCACCUGUACAUACCUACCUACUGCCUGUCCGCAACACUGUAUUUAAAAACGAGAAUGAUUUAUUUCUCUAGCAAGAAGCUGCAAGACCUUCAUUUGAUAUAGUUUUUUUUGUACUGGAGGAUGACAUUUUUUAAAAGGGAGGAAGAGGAUUAGCUGUUUGUUUUGGAACUGUUUCAGGUCAAAGGUGCAGCAGUUAUUUUAUUUAUCUAUUUUUAUUUGAACUUCUGGGUUAAAUUUGAGUUUACAGAUGUGAAUAAAUAAGGAGGAAGAUGGUUCAUCUGGGUUGAGCUUGAGCCGUUGGUGUGCGUUCAGUGGUCAGUGCAUUUUUGAUUUGUCAUGUCUGUCUUUACUGUUGUUGUAUUGGAAUGGAAGGGAGGAUGCGUGACAGAUUUGAUAUGUUACAGAGAGAACUAUCUCUCUCACACACACACACAUACACACACACACCAUUAUUUUGGAAACUAUCCAAGAACCAAGAUGCAAAACUAAAUACAGGUCAGGUGCCUGCCAUACCUAGUACUGAGCCUGCUCUAUGUAUAGAUAGAGAUCUUAUCACUUGUCAAGGUACUGUAGUCCCUCGAUACACAUUCUGACGCACCAUAGAGAUACUCCGUAUGAGGUGAAGUGUUAGUAACUGCUAUUUGCUACAAGCAUGCUCUUAUUGAGUUAGUGAAAGGGAACAUAUUCUCAGGCCCUACACAGAUUAUCUGCCUUUGCUGACCAAUCCAGUGGGUCAAUGCAACUUUGUUGUCUCAAUCUAAAAAAAAUACUGAACUACUUGACUUUACAAAUGAAAAUGGUGUUCUUAGAGUUUGUACAUAAUGUAUUUAGUAUUAUUUACUCUAUUGAUGUUGCUCUUUUUCAGUCAUUUGAGUUUCACAGUAUUUGCUUGUUACCAUUCAUCUUGAACAAACAACCUGAAUUUGAGAACAUCAAAACUGAGACUGUCUUUUUCGUCAAUCAAUCUUUACCUCGGCCAGUUUUGUGUAUGGGGACUGACAACCCCACCAAAAAAUGAAGUGUUUUGUACUUGUGCCCAUGGCCCUUCUUUUAAAGCCCUAGACAGGGGAGUUUGUGAAGCCCCCAUGUCUAUUGAAUUCUUUGUGGUUCCAUCUCAACUUUUUUUCAUUAAUAAAAGCUAAUGCUCUUGAAGGAUGA